AUGGUUUCCCAAGUGACUCUUGAUAUUGUCAUUGUUGGUGGUGGUCUCGGUGGUCUUGCUACUGCCAUUGCAAUUCGCAAAGUUGGUCAUAACGUCACUGUUCUCGAAGGUGCUACCGCUCUCAGUGAAGUGGGUGCUGGUAUCCAAGUCCCUCCCAACACCACUCGUUUACUUGAUCAAUGGAAGUUGUAUGAGCGUUUCAAGGAGAAGGUGGUGUGGCCUGCCAAUAUCAACAUGCGACGUUUCUCCACGGGUGAAGUCAUUGGUCCUACCCCCUUGUUGCCUAAAAUGGUUGAUACCUAUGGCUAUCCUUACUGGUUGAUCCAUCGUGCUGAUUACCAGCAAUUGCUCUAUGAUGCUGCAGUCGAACUUGGUGCCAAGGUGAUUUUGAAUGCUCGUGUGGAUAAGGUGGAUGAUGCCACUGCCACCGUGUUCCUUGAGAAUGGUGACACGUUCAAAGGCGACUUGAUUGUGGGUGCUGAUGGUAUUCGUUCACGUGUGCGACUUGCAGUGAUGCCUGAUGAAGAAGUAUUGCCUCGUGUAUCGACCAAUUGUGCGUAUCGAGCCACUGUUCCCGUUGACAAGAUGCGAGCUGAUCCCAUGGUGUCCUAUUUGAUGGAUGAUCCCAAUUCGAAUUGCUGGAUUGGCUAUCGACGACACGUGAUGGCGUAUCCUAUUCGCAAUGGCCAAUUGUAUAACUUGGUCAUGUCACAUCCAGGACAAGCAGCCGUAGGCCAAUGGAACGAACCUGGUAACUUGGAGGAGAUGAAAUGGCAUUAUCGCAAGUUUGAUCCAAUCAUCCGCCGUGUUCUUGACAAAGUCGAUCAUUGUCUCAAGUGGACACUUGCUGAUCUCCCGGUCCUUAGUAAUUGGGUUAGUCCUUCGGGUCGUGUGGUGCUUAUUGGCGAUGCUGCACAUGCCAUGUUGCCCUACCUUGCACAAGGAGCCGCACAGGCCGUCGAAGAUGGUGCAACCCUUGGUGUGCUACUCACUGGUAUUGAAUCCAAGAAUGAAGUACCCGCUCUGAUGACCGUAUAUGAAAAGCUGCGACGUCCACGUGCGGAACGCAUUCAAAAGGGUGCAUACGAGAAUGGCGAUAUCUGGCACAUGCCCGAUGGCGAUGAACAAGAGUUGCGCGACUUGGGAAUGAGUGGUCGAUUGCCUGCAGGUGCCAGGAACCCCAAUCAAUGGGCAGAUGGCGAUUUCCAACCUUGGCUCUUUGGACACAAUGCCAUUACGGUAGCUCAGAAGCGCUUGGCUGAAUACAAAAGUGGAAAGGAAGCCGUGGACGACGUUGCUCGCCUUUAG